UUAUGGUCAAUACGUAGGGCUUUUAGUCAUGUCGACUCUAAAACGUUUUUGACUUUGUAUACAGUGUUCGUUUGUCUUAAACUUCAGUACUGCAUACAAGUGGCCAUCCUCUGCUUAAAAUAAGACAGUGAGCCUCUGGAAAAGGUUCAGAGAACAGCAACUAAGCUGAUUCCCGGAAUAGCGAAGCUUCCGUAUGAUACUCGACUAGCCAAGCUGAACCUUUUCCCGUUGUCGUAUUAAAGAACUAGAGACGAAUUGAUUACAGUUUUCAAAUUGCUUAGUGAUAAAUUCGCACCUGAUAUGCCCUCAUUUUUUCUUGUCUUCCAAAACAGAGAAUUUACGAGGACACUCCGAAAAAGUUCAGAAGUCGAGAACAAAUUACUUGUCAGUUGACUAUCGACUUUCCCGUCGAAUCAUCAACGAAUGGAUCAACAGAGGGACCACCAUUGCCAGGAAUAACAUAAGACAUCAGGCCUCCUGCCCUUCCAAAACUGAAACUGAAACUGAGAGAAACCAAUCGGUUCAUACGAGUUAUUGGAUAGUGAUUUAGUACAGCGAGUUUUCAAGAAUGGCCAAGGUCGCUUCUGCAGUUCUGCGCAUCUGUGAUACAUUCCUUUUUGACUGUGAUGGUGUCAUCUGGAAUUCCAACGUUCUUAUUCCAUCGGCUCAAGCACUUAUACAAUACUUGUUCGACCGCAAAAAGAAUGUUUUUCUAAUUACGAAUAAUAGCAGAAGAUCUGUAAAAGAAUACGUCUCCAAAUGUAAUGGCUUGGGACUCCCAGUAUCGGAAAGAAAUAUAAUAUGUACAGCUCGUGUUGCUGCUUGUUUUCUUCGAGAAAAAAUAUCCGACGGGGAAGUAUAUGUGGUUGGUGAGAGCGGAAUCAGCACUGAAUUAAAUGAAUCUGGAGUAUCUCACUUUGGAAUCGGACCUGACUUCCCAGCCGACUCGUCUAAUCCCCUUCAUGGAGUGGAAUUAAGACCAAACGUGAAAGCCGUUCUUGUAGGCUUUGAUAGUCACUUUAAUUACAGGAAACUGAUGCGAGGAACUGCCUACAUAAAUAAUGGGGCUUAUUUCUACGCUACGAACGAAGAUGCACAACUACCGGGUGGCAAUAUUGUCUUCCCAGGUACUGGAUCUAUCGUAUCAGCUUUCAAAGUUGCUUCAGGAAAGGAGCCUGUUGUAUUUGGAAAACCACAUAAACCUAUGUUUGAUCUACUCUGCCAAUAUUGCGAUUUGGACCCUUCAAAAACUAUAAUGGUUGGAGAUAACUUAUAUACUGAUAUCGCAUUUGGGAAUAAAUUUGGUUUGCAUACAGUAUGCGUCCUGACGGGUGUCACUAAUCAAACGUUAGUUGAUAAAGUAAACUGUUCACCAGAAGAUGAACUUUUUCGACCAAAAUAUGUUUUGCAAUCUGUUACAGAUAUUUUAAAUAUUUUAAAAGAAUAAAUCAACUGUUCUUACCGUCUUAUUUACUCCUAAAAUAUUUCUCCUUAGUUCGUAUGUAUUGUCAUGUACCAUUGAUUAUCUUCUAAUUAGCUUACUCAGAUUUUGUGAUUUACAUUGUUCGCUCAUUAUGUUUUUAGGCCCUUCUUUAUAUUUAUAUAAAAUAAGUGCUUGUAAACAUAGAAUUGAAUCUUAACAAGACACACUUUUAUAUGGCUAUAUAAAUUAUUGUCACUUUUCUAAACUGAUAUACUGCUUUUUUUCUGGCAGUGAUAUAACAGCAGGAGAAUAAAAAUUAUUUUCGGUUUGUCAAGUUAUAUUACGAUUAUACGAAUGCGAUCGCCUGGCUAGAUCGAUACGCUAUACACAGACU